CAAUAAAAAUUACAAAGCAAAAAUAAAUUAUUUAGCUUUAAUGGACCGGCAACUACUCAUCAAGCAUUAUAUCCCAGCAUUAUUUCCAAAAAACAUUAAGGAUCAAUUAUUUAACCGAAUAGGCGCUGAUUUUAUUGUUUGGUAUCGUUCUAUGACUUCUGAUUUAAGAAAUAAACAAAAAUGGAAAAUAGAAGACGCUCAUUUUUCUGCAAGAAAAAAAUUUGACGAAGAAUUAUCAGUUUAUUUCAACCUUUAUGAUGCUGUUUAUAACGACUCUUUUAACGAGAUUAGAGGCAGAACUGGAUAUUAUAUAGUAAAAACUAUGGCCUUUGUCAGGAAUAGAAUGGAUGUUGAUAUGGGAUGUACUGGAAUAGAUAUUGAAAUAGAGGUAGUAAGAAUUAUAAGAAAAAUUAUGGUGUAUUUAGGCAUUUUCAAUGCAUAG